AUGCCGGGCGCAGGCUCAAAGAUCGGCCACGGCCUGGCCAAGGUCUUGGGCAUCAAGCUCGACAGGCCCGAGAACGAGGAGAUGCUCCGUGGAGAGUCUGUCUUCUCCGUUCAGUCUUCAGACACCUUCGUCGAGGAGGAGCCGACAACCGCAGAAUGGUUCCUCGAACUUGUGCCCACGGGCGAAGAGGUUGUUCAGUACAUCCGCUCCCUCUUCCCCUUCCUCACCUGGAUUGGUCACUACAACCUGCAGUGGUUCAUGGGUGACUUGGUUGCCGGUGUCACUGUUGGUGCUGUCGUCGUCCCUCAGGGCAUGGCGUACGCGCUGCUGGCGAAGCUCGAUCCCGAAUUCGGUCUCUAUUCAUCCUUCAUGGGUGUUAUUCUCUACUGGUUCUUUGCUACAUCCAAGGAUAUUACGAUUGGCCCUGUCGCUGUCAUGUCAACUGUCGUUGGCAACCUCAUCACCGAUGUUCAAGCCGACUUCCCCCAGUACGAAGGACAUCAGAUUGCAUCGGCACUCGCUAUCAUCGCGGGCGCCAUCAUCCUGUUCAUCGGUCUGAUUCGCAUGGGAUGGAUCGUCAACCUGAUUUCCCUGACUUCGCUUUCCGCCUUCAUGACGGGCUCGGCCAUCAGCAUCGCGGUCGGUCAGCUCACGACGUUGCUGGGUAUCAAGGGUGUCAACACUCGUGAUGCUACCUACAUGGUCCUCAUCAACACCCUGAAGAACCUUCCCAAGACCAAGAUGGAUGCGGCAAUGGGCCUGACUGCCUUGACCUGGCUCUACCUCCUCCGAUACGUCUUCACCACCGCCGCGAAGAAAUACCCCCAGAGGUCGAAGCUGUUCUUCUUCCUGUCAACCUUGCGAACUGUCUUCGUCAUCCUGCUCUACACCAUGAUCAGUUGGCUGGUCAACAUGCACAGGCGCGACAACCCCAUGUUCAAGAUUCUUGGCGAUGUUCCCCGAGGAUUCCAGGACGUCGGUACCCCCAAGAUCGAUACCGACCUCAUCAGUGCCUUCCUGCCCUUCCUUCCCGCCAGUAUCAUCGUUCUUGUUAUCGAGCACGUCGCCAUCUCCAAGUCCUUCGGCCGUGUCAACAACUACACCAUCAACCCCUCCCAGGAGUUUGUCGCCAUCGGUGUUACGAAUGUCAUCGCUCCGUUCCUCGGCGGGUACCCUUCUACCGGAUCUUUCAGCCGUACCGCCAUCAAGUCCAAGGCUGGUGUCAGGACCCCUUUUGCCGGUGUCAUCACAGGUCUCAUCGUCUUGCUUGCUAUCUACGCACUGACGGCCGUCUUCUUCUACAUCUCUAGCGCCUCCCUGGCCGCCGUCAUUAUCCACGCCGUCGGAGACUUGAUUACGCCUCCCAACACUGUUUACCAGUUCUGGCGUGUCUCUCCCUUCGAGGUUCUCAUCUUCUUCGUUGGUGUCUUCGUGACCGUCUUCUCUUCCAUCGAGAACGGCAUCUACGCUACCGUCGUCAUCUCCGCCGCCCUCCUCUUCUGGCGGAUCCUCCGAGGCCAGGGCCGAUUCCUUGGCAAGGUCAAGAUCCACUCCGUUAUCGGCGACCAUGUCAUCGGAGAAGACCACAGGCAAGUCGUUGGCGAGUACGGCACCUUCGAUGCCGGCGAUAACGCGGCUCGCAAUGUCUUCCUCCCGAUCGACCACGGCGAUGGUACUAACCCCGAGGUCGAGCUCGACCAGCCCUACCCCGGUAUUUUCAUCUACCGCUUCUCCGAGGGCUUCAACUACCCGAACGCCAGUCACUCCCUUGAGUACUUCACUGAGUACGUCUUCGAGCGCACUCGCCGUACCAACCUCCAGAGCUACGGUCGCCUCGGAGACCGACCCUGGAACGACCCCGGCCCGUCCCGCAAGGCUUCGAAGGCCGCCGCCCAGAUCGCCGCUUCCGAGAACAAGCCCACGCUCAAGGCCGUCAUCCUCGACUUCAGCUGUGUUAACAACGUCGAUCUCACCUCAAUCCAGCAGCUCAUCGACGUCCGCAACCAGCUUGACCGCUAUGCGGCGCCCGAUAAGGUCAACUGGCAUAUCGCCUGCAUCAACAACCGCUGGACCAAGCGCGCCCUCGUCGCCGCAGGCUUCGGAUUCCCCGCCGACCGCGGCGACGGCCUGCAGCACCGCUGGAAGUCCAUUUUCAGCGUUGCCGAGAUUGGUGGAGCCGAGUCGGCUGCGGCGGUCGCGGAGAAGGAGGCCAAUGAGAAGGAAAUCUCGUCCCACGCUAGGAACUCCCGUCACGCGGACGAGGAGUCUGGUAAGAGCGGGGCGUACGACGCGAUCGACCCCGUGUCAUCUACGGGCUUGCAUCACGAGCGCGGCACAAGGGGCCUGGCCACCAAGAGAAGAGGUGUCGUGGUUCACGGUUUGAACAGGCCGUUCUUCCACGUCGACCUGACGAGUGCCCUGCAGAGUGCCAUCGCCAACAGCGAGGGACACGGGGAGGUCGAGCCGGGCCCGAAGAGCCCGGACACUUCUAGCGAGUAA